GCUCCGCUGAGUCUGUUCGUCGAAGCCGCCUCCGCCGCCGUCCCCUGUCCCGGCCCCCCCCCUGGGUUCCCUCAGCCCAGCUCGGUCCAGCCCGGUUCUCGGGAGAAUGAAGUUCGUGUACAAAGAGGAGCAUCCGUUCGAGAAGCGCCGCUCUGAGGGCGAGAAAAUCCGAAAGAAAUACCCAGACCGGGUCCCGGUGAUAGUGGAAAAAGCUCCCAAAGCUCGGAUAGGGGACCUGGACAAAAAGAAAUACUUGGUGCCUUCUGAUCUUACAGUUGGUCAAUUCUACUUCUUGAUCCGGAAGCGAAUUCAUCUCCGUGCUGAAGAUGCCUUGUUUUUCUUUGUCAACAAUGUCAUUCCACCCACCAGUGCCACGAUGGGUCAGCUGUACCAGGAACACCAUGAAGAAGACUUCUUUCUAUACAUUGCCUACAGUGAUGAAAGCGUCUACGGUCUGUGAAGUUGCUGUCCCGGAGGUGGGGGUUCCAUUCUACAAAGAGAGGUGGCGCUCCUUCCUUGGCAUCCAGUUCCUCCUUCAGGCUCAAACACCAUCUCCUUUCUUCAGGACCUGCACUUAAUGUUUGAGGCUGUCUCUCCAGUCCCUCUGAGCAGGAGGGGUAAUGGUAGAUGCAGCCGCUGUACAUCUCUCUUUCCCCUUGUUUACCCUCCAUUCCCACUCUGCUUUAGACUUCUGGAUUGUCGAUCUCUGUCACAUCGGAUGAUUGUUUUGGUUUCUAUUCCCUUUCUAACUGCCCACUGGGCUCAGAACCCCAAUAAACCCUUCCUUUCACUACCUUCUUUUUGGGGGGUAGAUGGAAGGGGUUGACAUUGGGUGGGGGAGGUAGGAGGCACAUCAAUAAAGAGGAAACCACCGAGCUGAAUUGAAUUUGCCCUGUGUCAUUCUACCUCCUGGCUUUUUGUUUCAAGUGUUGUGAACUUCAGUGGUGGGAAAGGAGGAUUGAGGUAUAGAUCAGAGAACUAGGAAGGCAUUGAUGAUGUUGGUCUUUCCUCCUUUUUUGAUGAGUGGAAUAAUGUAAGCAUUCUCUCAUGAAACUUUAAUUGUAUUUAUGUAUUUGUGAUGUAAACAAAGAGGUGGAGGUUGGUAGUGUGGGGUGGUAUGGAGAAAGUUUGAAAGAACUAUUUUUUGGUAAACAUGUCCAAAUGUUACUUCCCAUUAAAGAAGAUAUGUUCCUGUUUGGGAGGUGGUAAAA